UUGGUUGAUGGAGAUUGUGACCUCCUCAUCCCUCUUGAAGGGGGGUGCCGUGGACUCUUCUCUCUGCUAAUAUUAUGAUUUAUGAGAACUCUUCACUUUCCAUUUAGCCCAAUCUGAAUUUUUUCGAGUAAAGAAAAAGGUUGGGACCUUUGAGAAAAUGCUUAUCCGAUGGUAUCCUUUGGUUCAUCCCUCCAUGAAAAUUCAAUUCGGAUGGUUCAGUCAACAAAGAAGGGAGAAGAUUUAUUACAUGCUUUAGUGCUAACCUAGAAUAUUGCUAUGUGAGUUUUUGCGGGACUCUAGGGUGUUCUUCCCACUGCGUUCUUCACUCAUCAAUGAUGUUGCGUUCAUCAACAAGAGCUUCUCUGCGCUUCUUUCCGCAGCAAUCUCAAUUUGGUACUUUUUCUCGUCCCAAACCCUUCCUUUUCCCCAUUACUCUCUCUUAUACCACUCAUAUUGAUGCCAUCAAGGACAGAACCCGUCUCAUAGAUUCUAUUAGGAAUCUCCAAAACCUUGAUUCUGCUCUGCAUCUCUUUCACAAAAUGGUUUCCAUGAACCCUUUGCCAUCUGUGAAGGACUUUACCUUAUUGUUUAGCUCUAUGGUUAAGAUGAAGCAUUACACAGCUGCCAUUUCGUUAAUCAAACACUUGUUCUCUUUAGGACUCAAAUCUGAUAUCUAUACACUCAGUAUUGUUGUCAAUUGUCUGUGCCGUUUGAAUCACACUCCCUUUGCCUUCUCUGUGGUGGGUACGAUGUUCAAAAUCGGCUUGGAGCCCAAUGUGGUCACAUUGAACACCAUUGUUAAUGGUCUUUGUAUUGAAGGCAAGGUGGAUCUUGCUAUAUGGUUAGCUGACCACAUGGAUAACAUGGGGUAUCAACCCAACGCCCACACGUUUGGAGCAAUUAUAAAUGGAUUGUGCAAGAUCGGCAACACCCCUGCUGCCAUUGCCCUUCUAAGGAAGACGGAAACAAGAAACUGCAAACCAAGUUUUGAUGUUGCGGUUUAUAACGCAAUUGUGGAUAGUCUUUGCAAGGAUGGGCUGCUAUCUGAGGCUUUGAGUCUAUUCUCCGAAAUGACAACAAAAGGUAUACAACCCUCUACUAUCACUUACAAUUGCUUGAUUCAAGGACUCUGUACUUUCAGCAGAUGGCAAGAGGCUGCGUCUUUACUCAGCGAGAGAAAACAAAAGGGAAUUAUGCCGGAUACGCAUACUUUUAAUAUUUUAAUGGAUGCUCUUUGUAAAGAGGGAAAGAUUUCAAGUGCUAGAGCCAUACUUGGUCAAAUGGUUCGAAUGGCAAAGGAGCCUAAUGUUGUCACCUAUCACUCAAUGAUUGCUGCUUAUUGUUUUCAAAAUCAAAUGGAGGAGGCCAUGAAAGUAUUUGAUUUGAUGGUACACAAGGGAUGCCUCCCAGACGUCAACACUUAUAAUUCAUUAAUCCAUGGAUGGUGCAAGAUCAAAAGGAUUAAUAAGGCUAUUUAUCUCUUGGAUGAAAUGAUCAAUAAAGGUUUAAAUUUGGAUGUUGUGACUUGGAAUACUCUUAUCCAUGGAUUUUGCGAAGUGGGUAAACCGUUAGCUGCUAAAGAAUUGUUUUUUACAAUGCACAAAUUUGGUCAAUAUCCUGAUGUAUUCAGCUGUGCCAUUAUAUUGGAUGGCCUAUUCAAAUGUCAUUUGUCUUCUGAUGCAAUAUCAUUAUUUAGAGAAAUGGAGAAGAAUAAGUUGGAUCUUAAUAUUGAAACUUACAGUGUGGUGCUCCGUGGGAUGUGCCAUGCUGGAAAACUAAAUGAUGCACGAGAACUCUUCUCUUGUCUGCCAGCAAAAGGCUUGAAACCUGAUGUAUAUACUUAUACAAUAAUGAUCCAAGGUCUAUGUGGGGAAGGACUUCUGAUUGAUGCUGAAGAGAUGCUGAUGAAUAUGGAAGAGCAUGGCUGCUUGCCAGAUAGCUGCACAUAUAACGUCUUCAUCCAAGGAUUACUACGACGAAAUGCUGUUCUGAAGUCAAUAAAAUAUUUUCAGAUUAUGAAAGACAAAGGUUUUGCAGCAGAUGCUACAACCAUGGAAUUGCUUGUAGGUUGCCUAUCUACGCACAAAGGAGAGAAUGCUUUUCAAGAAUUUGUGCAGAAAAUUGUUUGAAUAUAUCAAUAUAUAUAACCUCUUAGUUCUUUAUUUGAAUUGAGGUUUUGAUGUUUGUGUUGAAACUGAUACUUUCAUGCUGUUUUUUUUUUUUUUUUCAAAUUGGACCCAGAGCAAGAAUCUCCUUCUUGAGAAGAUUAUGCAAUGUAUUAUUCUAG